AAACCAGCGCGAAGUUCCUUAGUUGCGGCACGUGAUGGAAUCCGAGCAGGUUUCGGUUGCCGUUAGUUUGUUCAGGGAAACAUUCCCUAGUUUAGACGACGAUAUUUCUAGUUACAUAGAAAGUAUUCUUACUGAAAAUGCUGAGCAUUUCGACUCUGAAAGCGAUGUGCACGACGCAAUCGGUGGAAUCCUUGAUGAAUUUUACUGUAAAACUAGUGAUCAAAAGGUGGAAGUUCUGUGCAAAAAAAUCUACCAGCUGAUGAAACCAACUAAUGGCUUCGUUGAAAAACAAACAACUUUAGACGCUCCUGUGCAGAUGGCAAGCUUACUGGAUACUUUCAGUGAGCGAGUGGUGGACAACUCUAGUAUAUGGAUGAUGAAAAAGCAAAGCACCACCAUUGUUGAUCCAAAGAAGUUGGAAAAAGCUGAGGCUAAAAUAAAAGAGAAACAAGGAAAAAAGUCUCUACCUGGAAGACCGGGUACUGGAGGAAAGCCUAGUGAAACGAAAGAAGAUGAACGUGCUACCGUUAGUCAGCAGGUUGACAGAAGGGAACUAGCCGCCUAUUCAUGUACAACGUCUCACGUGGGUGAUAUCCGUUUGGAAAAUUUCGAUAUCGCUUACGGUAGUAGAGUUCUUCUGCAAGGCGCUAAUCUUGUCGUCACCUAUGGUAGAAGAUAUGGCUUAGUAGGUCGAAAUGGUUUUGGUAAAACAACCUUACUUCGGUCGUUAGCCAAAGGGGAUUUGCUUCUGCCACCGGGUGUUCGUGUGCUACAUGUAGAACAGGAAGUUGUCGGUGAUUCAACGCCGGCUCUAGAAAGUGUUCUUCAAGCCGAUACAGAAAGAUGUGCUCUUCUUGCAGAAUUGUCUCGUCUUCAAGCAGAAAUGAAGAAAAAUUCUGAAGCAGAUUCCAACCUGUCAAGCGAGAAUAAUCCUACUACAAAUACAGUAGAAUCUCGAGCUGCAGAGAUAUACUCUCGUUUAAACGCAAUUGAAGCAGAUAAAGCUCCCGCACGAGCAGCAGUAAUUUUACAUGGUCUCGGUUUCACUUCAGAAAUGCAGAGCAAACCGACAAAAGAAUUUUCUGGUGGCUGGCGUAUGCGUUUAGCUUUGGCACAAGCGCUUUUUGCAAAACCUGAUUUACUUUUACUGGAUGAGCCUACAAAUAUGCUUGAUAUGCGUGCUAUCAUCUGGUUAGAAGACUAUAUACAGUCGUCCUCCAACAUUCUUUUGAUUGUUUCACAUGACCGAAGUUUUUUGAAUGCAGUUGCAACUGACAUUAUUCACUUGAACUGUAAGCGUUUGGAUGCAUAUCGAGGUAAUUACGAUAUGUUUGAACAGGCUCGUGGUGAAAGAUUACUGAAUCAACAAAGGGAAUAUGAAUCUCAAAAGGCUGAACGUGAACAUGUGCAACAAUUCAUAGAUAAAUUUCGUUUCAAUGCAAAACGUGCAUCGUUGGUUCAAAGUAGAAUCAAACAAUUGGAAAAAUUGCCUCCUUUAAUUCCACCUGAAAAAGAAGUUAAAGUUGUGAUCCGUUUACCAGACUGUGAAAAACUUUCUCCGCCUCUUUUACAACUUGAUGAAGUCUGUUUUCAUUAUGUACCAGAUAAACCAAUCUUGAAUUGUGUCAAUUUGAGUAUUUCACCAGAUUCCCGAAUCAGUAUUGUAAGUUAUUUUUCGAUUAUAGUAGAAGAAAAAGGUACUUUGUUGAACGUAUACUCAUUUUCAAGUAUGUAGAUCUAUUAAUUAGAGUUUAUAAAGUAAACAGAAUGAAGAGAUAAAAUACAGUUAUAUAUUCCUUUCACGGUUCCAUGUAUGAACUUACAGACAGACAAAAGCCACAUAGAAUCUCUCACACAACUGCAUCAUUUCAAGUUGUCACACUUCUAUGUAGUAUACAAAGAAGAAGUAGAUAGAAUAGAAAAGGACUUUUAUCAAAGUGGACAAAUGUGUAUUGGAGUGAAGGGAAUUUAAAAAUUAGGGCUAGUUCAAAACAACCAAGCUUUAGAAGGCAUCAACGAGUGAAUAUAUCUGUGCGAUUAUGACCGAUUUCCAACUAUGUCACCAGGACUAUUCAACCACUGAUUCCUAAGGUCUUGAGCACCCUAGCCUCCUUACAUGGCUCAGACCAACAUUUAGAGACUUCAUCGACUGAUGCCACGUCUUGGUUUGAGCACUCUGAUCUCUUCCUCUUCAAACCUAAUUCAACUUCUGUUUGCACUUCACAUCGAGGUAGACGGUGGCUCGGCAUAUGCAGUAUAUGACCUAGCCACCUCAGUCGGUAAAAGUUCACUCAUAAUAACAGUAUAAUAACUUGUUUAACUGUAUCCAGACAUAAAAAUCUUGAAUAUGAACUCGAUAAUCGGUAUUAAUUAAAUGAUGAGAGAGUAUUGAGCUCUGUAUCAAUCUUGUUUAUCCUUUGCCUAGCCGUGAAAGAUGAUGUUUGGCGAUUCGACAACAGACUUGUCUAACUGUACACGCAAUAUAACUAUCGCCAUACAAGCAAUUGAACUGGUAAAUGCACAUAGAAGAGGCGAAGUCAUCAUCGGUCGACUGUAGAAUGCACAGCAUAACUUUGCUGUGUUAAAUGAUCUCCUUGUGGCUUUUCUUAGGAAGUGUGUUACAGUUUCUCUGAUGAUCACACAUACGACAGCGGUUUCUUGGAAGCUUUGGGUACUCUGAUCUUUUCAUUAGAUACGUUCAUAUUUCUAGCUAGAAACUUUUGUGGAUAUCCAUUACUACUGAGUAGAUCACUGUUAAUUUGAAGUUCUUCGUCGAAAGUAUCAUCUGAACAGAUAAGUUUUGCCUGAUUGACCAAGCAUAUGACUAAAUUUUGUUUCUAUUGCAAGGGAGAAAAACUCAAAAAAUAAGUGUAUUGACCAGUUGAUAUUAGUUUCCGGUAUACACUCCUUUUUAUAAUUCCAUACGUCGUCCGUUACAUGGUGUUGGUACAUUCCUAAUUCCAAAGGAGGAGAAGGAUGAGAGUACCAUACUGGAUAAAUUUAGUAGCGUUUACCUAGCGAUAACCUUCACCACUGGGAGAGAUAGUGACGGUAGCAUUAUCUUCUUGGAUGUCAGAUUUACAAGGAAGAUAGGUGGAACGGUAGUUUCGUGUUAGCUACAUUGUCUGUGUAGGUUGUUGGCGCAUUUCAUGUUUUGAUUAACUUUCUUUUUGUAUUUUUCUGAUAUCAACUCUCUCUCUCUCUCUCUCUCAGUGUAUUAUUCUUACUCACUUAGGUUGGUGAAAAUGGUGCAGGUAAAACAACGUUACUUCGAAUUCUACUUGGCGAUUUGGAACCCACCUCAGGAUUACGUCAUUCACAUCGUAGUUUACGUAUUGGAUACUUCAGUCAACAUCAUGUUGAUCAGUUAGAUUUGAAAUUGAGCAGUUUAGAGUUUUUGAUGAGAAAAUUUCCAAAUCAAGCUGAACAGAUUUAUCGUUCUCAAUUAGCGAAUUUUAAUAUAACCGAGAUGCUUGCUCUUCAACCGAUUGGAAGUUUAUCAGGUGGACAGAAAUCACGAGUUGCAUUUGUUGCAAUGUGCAUGUCUAACCCAAAUCUACUGGUACUCGAUGAACCUACCAAUCAUCUGGAUGUUGAAACAAUUGCUGGUUUAUCUGAUGCCUUGGUUAAAUUCCCUGGUGGAGUUGUACUUGUUUCUCAUGAUGAACGUCUUAUCCAAGCUGUAUGUAAUGAGGUGUGGGUUUGUACGCGUAUAGGGCUGGACCCUACAGAGAGUAACAAAGGAAGCCGGGUAUACUCAUUACCAGGUGGUUUGGAUGAAUACAAGAAAGCUGUUCGAGUUGAACUUGAUCAAGUAAAAGUGUGAUAUAUAAUAUAUAUAGAUAUGCAUAAUGUAUUUAUAUGGUUAUUAAAAUGACGUUUUGUAGAGGAUAUUGAUUUUUGUUAUGUAAGAUCAUCUAGAUGGAUUAUAAUUUUCGCUAUUGCUUCAUUAUUCUCCACCUAUUUUCUUUCAAUCAGAUGCCUUACUCUGCUGUGUAUUAUUUAAUGCACCAUUAUUUAAAUAUAGACUUACAGUGG